AUGGUCGCUUCCAAGUCUGGUAUUGCUGUUGGUCUCAACAAGGGUCACAUCACCACUCGUCGUGAACUCAAAAUCACCCCUUCUUACACCAAGGGCGCUGCAUCCAAGCGUACUACCUUUGUACGCAGCAUAGUUCGUGAAGUUGUUGGUUUCGCACCUUAUGAACGUCGUGUCAUGGAAUUGAUCAAGAACUCCAAGGACAAGCGCGCCAAGAAGCUCACUAAGAAGAGACUCGGUACCUUCCUCCGUGCCAAGAAGAAGAUCGAAGAGCUCUCUGCCGUGAUUGCCGAGUCCCGUCGUCAUUAAAACAGCAACAACAACGAAACGAAACGAGGCGAAACAAAAACGAAACAAAAACGAAAUGAAACGGAACGAACAUACACACAUACACAUACACAUACACAUACACAUACACAUACAGAAAUAAAGAGAUAUAAUAAAGACAUACGUUUGG